GAAGAUGAUGAACGAAGGAUUCGAAAGCUAUGUGAAAGAUUUGUUCAACGACCCGACCCACAGCGAUAUCAGCAUCGUCGUCGAUCAUGAUAAGGAAAUCCCAGACGGAACAGUUGCCAUACCCGCUCAUCGGCUUGUGCUGGCCACAAUGUCUGACUAUUUCCGAACGAUGCUGUACGGAAACUUCAUCGAAGCUAAAAAGUCGGAGAUCCGGCUGCACGGAGUGCCCUAUUCCACUUUUCAGCAGUGUUUGCGGUUCAUGUAUUUCGGAUGGGAUUCUACAUUGAGCCAGAUGUCCUUGGAAGAAGGAAUGGAAUUCUAUUCACUGGCAAGUAUGCUUCUAAUGGAACCGAAGUUCAAAACAGAGUACUCCAAAUGGCUUACUAAAAAUGUCAUUAAAUGGGAAAAGCAACUGUGGACAAUCGUGUCGAUGGCUGUCGAAAGCGAUCUACCGGACGUCGUAAACCGAUGUGUGGGAUACUUUUCCGAUGUUGCUAACGAGUUACUUGCCUCCGAGGAUUUUCGCACAGUCCCAUUGUCCGUUAUAAGAAAGGUAAUCUCAUGCACGAAAAUGAACUGCAGCAAAGUGUUACUGACGAAAGCGAUUAAAUGCUGGAUUGCCUCUAAUGGCGUCGCUCCUGACACUAAAGAGGAACUGCUAGCAUUAGUUCGAUCCAAAAAAGCUCCAUUCUUCAAAGGAAACAAAGUUAGGCAUCAUAAUUACACACUAGAGAAAAUGGAACUGGAUUCAACACACCCUCCACAAGACAGUUAUUCUUCAAUACUUCGCUUCCAGAAAUGCGUAAAGUUGGUUGGCGUGUUACUCAUCUUAGAGGUACCACGCUCUGAACAAGUUGAUUUCAUGUUGAAGGGAAACAUGGACUUGAAAGUGGACGUCAAACCCGCGGGCUUUGAUCCUGAUUACUCUGACACAGAUUAUAACAGUGAUGGUGACAGUGAUUACCCAUCUUUGACAAGGAUUGCCAGCGUGGCCUACGAUUUUAGCCGUCGCAACCUGGACGAGGUGACCAUUUUCUUCCCGGAAAUUCAAAUCUGUGCCUACAAGGACUAUUCGUUCACAUUCAGCUGGAUCGGUGAUGGAGAACAUUUGAAAAUCCACAACUUUGGAAGGAGUACACCAAAAGGUUUGGUUGUCCUAGGUGAAUCAUGUGUGGCAGGUGUCUAUCGAACUCUUGCUUCGGACUAUGGCAAGAAACUGUGCGAAAGCUGCCAUCCGUACAACGACAGAUACCGAUCGGACGACAGCCUUGAUAGUUGGGGUUGGGGUUGGGGUCGCAGUCGCAAAUAUGAUGAUAGCUCGACGAGCGACUAUUCCUAAGUAUUGCUCGCUCAUAAUGAGAA